CAUGCAUAUUCAGUUACCAUGCAUGUCCGCACAAAUGAAUAAUGAGUCAUUAUUAAUGACAAGUAACCUUGAUAAAUACAUGCAUAAAUAGGUAAGUUAAUACACUAUCAGUAACUUUACACUACUUGUCCGGCACCAUCAGCUGCUAAAAUUAUUGCAUUAAAUUAUCAUAAAAUAAAAUAAACCAAAAUGUGGGACAUAGUAUUUUACUUAAUUAUUGCCGGCAUUGCAUACUUUGCAUACGGAUACAUGCAAGGCGUCUGGCUUCAGAAGAAACUUGAUCAAUUCACCGCAGAAAAAUGUCCCAAAGACGUCGUCAUAAUGCAUGGUACCGAGAGAAUGCCAGGAGUCCCUUCACCAUCCCCGUUUGUCCUCAAGUUGGAAACAUUUUUACGAAUGGCUAAAAUUCCUUAUGAGUACGACGGAAAAUUACGAAAUACAUUUGGCCCCAAAGGGAAGACCCCUUGGUGCAGUCUAAACGGGGAACACGUUGCAGACUCGCAACUUUGCAUCGAAUAUCUAACAAAGAAAUUUAAAGUAAACCUUGACUCAAACUACACCGAAAAGGAGAAAGCGUUUGCAAAGUUGCUCCGGUAUAUGUUUGAAGAGCACAUGUUUUGGGAGUUCGUCCUCUGGCUGUGGGUCUGGGGCGGCCCUGGUAUCGAAGCCGUUUUGAAAUUGGGUGCCCCCAGAUUCCUGGUAAAGUAUUUGUCCUGGAAUUACACAAGACUUGCUUGGAGUCAAGGAUUGGGAAGGCAUGCGCGUGCCGAUGUGGAAAGAUGGGCGUAUGAAGAUAUUCACACCAUUUCCGUCGUUUUGGACAAGAACAAGUUUAUUUUGGGGGAUGAGCCCUGUGUCGAAGAUGCCGCAGUUUUUGGAUUCCUAGCACAAAUGAUGUGGGGAUGCAUGACGACAUCCGAAUAUGCGAAAGUUAUUAAGUUCAAAUAUCCCAAUAUUCAGGCCUACUGUGAGCGAAUGAGAGAUCGUUACUUUCCAGACUGGGAUCAAAUUUGUGGCAAGCCAAAAACUUCUUGAAAAACUUCCUAAAACUUGAUAUUCUUCUCCUUUAAAGUGUCCCUUAAUUAUGUAAAUAAUGUUGUCGCAAAUGGUACUUGGAUCACAAUCAGGGAUAUUCUUUACGUUACAAAUUCUAAACCUUAACUUCCGGUUGCCGGUUGUAAAUAUAUUUAAUGAUACAUUAAAUUAAUAAAAUCGUAUAAGUAUGCAAUGUA